CAAGCCCACGGUUCUUAUACGCAGAGGAAAUCCGUCGUGUUUUCGCAUGUGUAAAAACCUUCAAGCAAUCGACGUGUACUUGGAGAGCUUCUUUUAAAUAUAAUCCUUUUGAAAAUAAAUAUUUAUUGCCCCUGGUUUGUCUCCUUGACAGACUCGCCUGCUCGCCAGGCCAGGGCCGGGCCCAUGUUCGUGCUGGCGAAGCUGCAGGACGUGGUGCGCAUCCCACCCUGGCUCUUCGACAAAAGCCUGAACGAGGCGAUCGCUGAGGAGCUGAACCGCAAGCUGGCCAACCGCGUGCUCUACUCGGUCGGGCUCUGUAUCGCCCUGCACGACGUCCUCUCGCUGGAGGAGUCGUUCAUCCUGCCUGGCGACGGCGCCUCCCACACCAAGACCGUCUUCCGCUACACCGUGUUCCGGCCGUACGUGGACGAGGUGCUGACGGGCCGCAUCAAGAGCUGCAGCAACGACGGCGUGCAAGUGAGCCUCGGCUUCUUCGACGACAUCGUGAUCCCGCCGACGUCACUGCAGCAGCCGGCGCGGUUCGACGAGGCCGAGCAGGUCUGGGUGUGGGAGUACGACAACGGCAAGCACAGCCUCUUCAUGGACCCCGGGGAGGAGGUGCGGUUCCGCGUGGCCGCCGAGACGUUCACGGACACGACGCCAGCCGGGCCAGAGCUGACCACAGCGGACCCGGCCGCCCCCGCCGCCGAUCCGGCGCAGACGCAGCAGCGCAAGACGCCCUAUGUCAUCACGGCGACCAUCAACGAGCCGGGCCUGGGUCUGCUCUCCUGGUGGUCCAACCUCGGCUGACCUGACCCGGGCUAGCCUGACCUCGGCUGGUCUGACCCCGGCUGGCCUGACCUCGGCUGACCUGG